UCCCCCAGGGUUCCGGGAUUCGGUGCAGCCCGGAAGUGGCGCGGCCGCGCUAAGAUGGCGGACGCGAUGGCGCCCAAGCGCAAGUACUGCGUGAACUGCCUGGCGGACGCGACCGCGGUGCGCGUCCGCUGCGCCGACUGCCCCGACAUCGAGCUCUGCCUCGAGUGCUUCGCGUCCGGGGCCGAGCUGGGCACGCACCGCCGCGGUCACGCCUUCAGGCUGGAGGACGCGGGCACUUUCCCGCUUUUUGACGACCCCGGUGCCCCGGGGCCCCGCGCCCCCCCCUGGUCGUGCCUAGAGGAGCAGCAGCUGCUGGAGGCCGUGGAGCAGCACGGGCUGGGCAACUGGGCCGACGUGGGGGCCCACGUCAACGCCGCCUGGUGCUCCGCGAUGGGGGGCCCCGCCGGCACGGGCGGGGGAGGGGGGCCCGGCCCCGGCGUGGGCGGCGGAGGAGGCAGCGGGGGAGGGGGGGCCCCGACGGGGGCCACGUCAGGCGGAGGGCCCGGCGCCCGCUCGUCCGCGGACGUGGCGCGCCACUUCAUGGCGGCCUACGUGUACGGCAGCGUGGGGAGGGCUUGCGUGCCGGAGGUCAUCCCCAACCGUGUGACCGACCACACUGCGCCUGAGCCCCCUGUGGACCGUGGGGGUGGUGGCUCGAGCUCCCCUCCGCCGCCACCGGUGCCCCCCAUCUCCGCGGAGGAGCAGCAGACGCUGGGGUACAUGCCGCUGCGCGACGACUUUGAGAUGGAGUUCCUCCCGCACGCCGAGACGCCCGUGUCGGAGCUGCCCUCCUUUGAGCCCGACGAGGUGGCGCUCGUCACGGAGGCGGCCCGCUCCUCCUCAUCCUCGUCGUCAGCAGCAGCCCUCGAUCACCACGACGGCGCACAGCUGCUGGAGCUGGAGCUGAAGAUGGCGGUGGUGUGUGCCUACGUACGCGCGCUGCACCAGCGCGAACUGCGCAAGGCGGCAGCGCGCGAGUACGGCCUAGUGCAGGCCUUCUUCGGGCGGCCGUGCGCGCUGCAGGCCGCCUACGCCGCCACCUCCGCGCAGGGCGCCGGCGCCAGCCCUACCACGGCGGCCUCGAGCGGCGGGACCCAAGCGGCGGCGGCGGCGGCGUCUCAGCCGCAGGAGCCGCCAGCCAAGCGCAAGAUGGCCAAGGAGGAGAAGGAGCUGCUGCACAAGCUGCGGCCGCUGUGCCGCCUCGUGCCGGCGCGGGAGUUUGUGGAGCUGCUGGAGGGCGCCCGGCGCGAGCGCUGCCUGCGGGAGCGCGUGCGCGAGCUGCAGCGUGCGCGUGCCCGCAGCGGGGUGCGCCGACUCGACGACUUUGCGGCGCUGCGCCGGAACAAGCGCCGCUUCGGACAGGCGCAGCAGCAGCAGCAGCAGCAGCAGGGAGCCGGGUCGGGCGCCGGCGGGCACAAUGGGCGCGAGCGAGCGGACGCGGCGGCGACCGACACGGAGGCGGAGGACGCUUGCGGUUACGCCAGAGCGCUGUCGGAACGCGAGUCAGCGCUGUGCUCCUCUAUGAACCUGUCGCCGGCGCGGUAUGUCACCGCCAAGACCAUCGCCCUGCUGCAGAGCUCCACGCACAGGCACGCGCGCAGGCUGCAGCAGCAGGCGCAGCAGCAGGUGUUGGGUCAGCAGCAGCAGCAGCAGGGCAAGGGCCGCUCGCAGGGAGCAGUGCCACUGGGACAAGGAGCGUUGCCGAUGCUGCUGGAGAAAGCCGUGAGGAAGAAACUCAUGGGAUUCCUCGGCCGCAGUGGCUGGGUCGGAGGAGGGGCGGGGGGCAGGGAGGUGCUGUAAGUGGGGCACGAGGGGUUGGGGGGGGCGUGAGAAGAGAGUGGACACGACUCCCUCGCUCACACAGGGAUGAAGACGCGGAGCGAGGACGUGAGAUGGACUCAUUUUAAACAAUUCUGUCCCAAAUUCCUUGCCCUCCCCUACCCCCUACCCAGUGUCCCCCCGCAUCUCCGCAUCCCCGUGCCUCAACGUCUCAGCUGUGGCGGUCGCCGCGUUCAGGCCACUCGAGGCCUCCUGCCGAGUUCUGUUCAACGCGAGUCUCCGAAUCUUCCCGCUGGAGCCCUCCGCUAGACCCAGAGCGAUUUACCGAGCGCCGCAGAGAAACAUCUGCUCUCGCGCGGCACACGUGCGUGAGAGAGGAGACCCAUCUCUCAUUCAUAAUUCUUGCUUCUCAGUAACUCACCAUGGAAGUCACAGCACUGGUGGCACAGCAGGAUAGGUGAGUGUCAUUAGAAAUCAGUUAUGGGAAAGGGUAUCUGUUAUUAGAAAUCAGUGUGGUACUGGCAAACUGGUAUUAACCGAUUACUGUGACGCAGUUACCACUUUCGCAAAAACUGUUAGCUACCCUCGCUACCCAUGGAUUUCGCCUUGCGGCCACUUUGCAAAUCACAAAUUACUCUUGAGGCAUGUCAUCUACUUACACAUUUGUAAUUGUUAACUAUAUUACACACACCCCAUCAUCCCUCCCUCGGGGGGCAAAAAAAUGAGCACCGCUUUGCGUGCAUCAUAGGAAUGUCGAAUUUCUGCACGUCGUCCGUUUUGCAAAAUUGGCGUUGUGUAAUGGCGAGUAUCAUUUUGCUCGUUAACGUUUUGUUGAAACGGUUAAUUUCCUGCCAGAAUAUUUAUUUAAAUAUCGAACUCCCCCGUUUCAUACACACUGUACAUAGAUACCCGUGACCCUUCAACCACGACAACCGUUCGCAGUGAGAGAGCUUGACGAUUAUCACAAGAGGUCAAAGUUUAUUUUUUACCCGUAACCAAAUCUCGACUUCUUAAUCACGAGCAACCCUGUUGUGGCCUUAAAUAUAUAUCAUAGGUGACGUUCCAGGGAAACGACACUUGAUCAUAGCACACCGAUAAGAGAGAGCUGGGAGCCUGCACUACGUCCACUACAGGGCCCUGACGCAAGUGACCGUCCCCUACUGGUGACGGGGUUUUGAUUGGCAACGUCCAGGUCAUCUUCCCCGGCCACCCUCUCGUCCUCUCUCCGCCACGGCUAUUUGAUUGUGCAUCGCUUGUGACCUUUGCUCGAUUUUGUUUUUAAAGCAGGUGGGGGGGGAGAACGGGCAGCUGGCUUUAUGUUAUUACCGUGCGCGCAAGUACACAGGCUUCUGGGGUAAGUGCUCUUAGCGAGGAGCACUGGGCAAAGGCAUGCGCGGUGCGGCACAUACGAGGAGUGGGGGUGGUGUGACCAGCACCAUGCCCGGGUCUGCCACGUGUCUCCUCGGAAAUGUUUACUACACACCACACUCGGGUACUACUUUCAAGGCUGAGCCGACCUCGGGGGUAGAUUGGUUCUGAUGUCACAGGUAUUGAACUCUCGCCACCUUGUUUGGGAGUGCGGUGCGCUAACCACUGCGCCGUUCCCCGCUGCUUAUACAAAGAUCUACACACGUGCACACUUAAACGCAGAGAAAUAACGAUAUGUAAAAUAAGAGGUUUUUGUACAGUUAAUAAGAAUAAAGGAUGAUUUAGAUGUU